ACUGCCUGUAAUUGUUAAGCCUUGAGCCACAGGGCUCGUGGGUUCCCGCAUGCCGCCGUAGGUUUCGCUAUGCUAGAAGUGGGCUGAAACAUCGUGCCAUGCGCGACGGUCGUCCCAGUGCAGUGAGCCGGGCAGGCCAGCGGAACACUAGCGUGCCACGGAGCAACAGCGGGCAGCGCCCUGCAGUGCCACGACCCCCCUCCAGAGUAGAGGCUCAGGUGUCACCCAGCGAGAAGGAGCCCCGCUCUGGCCGGCCCUCCCCGGACCACGUCUACAGUGUCAGCAACGCCAGGGAUGCCCAGCACGUGCAGCAACAGGGGCACGCGCCACAUUCGCAGCAGGCGCACGCACAGCAGGCACAAGCACGGCGACAAUAUCCGCGCGGCCCGCUGGGCACAGCUGGGGCAAUGAGUUCAAGGCCGGGCCGAGCCGCGUCGCAUGGACCUGGCAAUGCAGCUCGGCAAGGGACUACGGACGCUACAAGAACUCCAGUCUUUGCCUACUUGAAAGUUUACGGCUUGAACCAAUAUGCGCGGGCCUUCGCGGCUGCGGGCCUGAGUGAAUUGGAUGCCAUCGGCAAGCUUUCAGAGACGGAGGCCUUGGACUUCCUCGAGCAAUUGCGCAUCUAUCCCGGGCACAAGCUCCGGCUGCUGCGGGCCGUGGAGAGCCUGCGGCACGCUGCGAUGGGUGCAGACCGGCGCGAGGACGACGUGGCCCUUCGGCGCCUAUGCUCACAGAAGGAGGAGCUGUCGCGGGAGAAGGCGGAGGCAGAGAGCGAAAACCGCAGGUGUCAGGAGGAGAACCGGCGGCUGCUGGAGCUAGUGCGUGAGCAGGGCGCCCAACUGCAGAAGGAGCGGGACCGGGUCAUGGAGUUGGAGGACCUCGUGCGCACACAGACGGAGCAGGUGCACUUCCUGGUGAGCCAGCUGCACGCCAUGGCGGAGGCUGGGGGCCCCCAGAGGGUGAAUGAGCUCUUCGAGUCCUACCGGCAGUUUGGCGGGGAUGAGUGGCAGGGGGCCGAGAGAAUCGACCUAGAGGAGCCUGUUCAGCAAAGCCACAGCAUGCCCCAGACUAGGCCACGGUCCUACUCGGACUCGGAUUCGCUGACGAGGGCUCCCCAUGCAGGCUACCAUGACAGCCCGAUGCCCUUCUACUUUGAGCGGGCCACGCCGCAGUCCAAGUUGGCAAAGUCUAUGGACCUCCCUGCAGGACAGGGAGCACAGGGAGUGGACAACUUGAUCAAGUGCCUGGCCACAGCCCUGCAAAACAAGAUCAUUUUGUCCGUGGGCAAGCCGCGGCCUCACAAUGCCUCUGCAGAAGGCCUGGCGGCGUGCUCCAUUUUCGUGGAGCCGGUCUACCGGGACAUGCUGGAGCGCCAGGCCAGGCACGAGGUCUCCGAAGGCCCCAGUGACAUCGGUACGCCCUUGUCCUCGGCAUGUUCGCCCCUGCUGUCAAGGGCUUCCGUGUCCGACCAGGAGUCCACCCAAAAACCCGCGCAUCCGUUGAAUGCCAUAGCUGUCAGGAGAAUCCCCAACAAAUGGGACAUCUAUGACUUUCUGGAAGCGGUGAUUCGAAGCCUGGAGGUUCAUCCAGAAGUCAGCGUGGUUACAUUGGUCUACGUAGAUCGUUUCUGUGAAAUGAGCGGCGUUGCGUUUACUCCAGACAACUGGCAACGGCUGACAAUAACUGCCAUGAUGUUGGCUUCCAAAGUGUGGUACGACGAGUCCUACGAGAACCUGGAUUUCGCGGAGAAGUUCGACCUAUACACACUGAAUGAGAUCAACACAUUUGAGCGCAUCUUCCUGAAGAGCGUGUCCUACGACAUGUCUGUCAAGGCGGUGCAGUACGCCCAGACCUAUUUCUUCCUCAGGACUUUAGGCGCCAAGGACUCGGGAGAGUUCACCUUGCCGCCCCUGGACGACGUGAGCGCGUCACGGCUGCAGGAGCGGUGUAUGGCCAAGCAGGUGGAAUUCAAGAAGCGGUACCUGGGAGACAACGACUUCUCGGUGACCACCGCCUUUUGAGAAAAGAGA